UGCAGUCCUGGCAUCUCAGCUCGCAAAACGUGUUCCUGGCGCGAAUUCAAUUCGAUUCAGCAUGUGAUAGUUUCGACAUCGCGACCGCCAACAAAAAGGUAAUGGAAAAAGGACUCUUAGUGCUGAAAUGCAAAUAUAUGUAUAUGUGAACAGGUGAAUUUAAAUUCAGUUGAAAACUGGUUUCCCCCGAGGAAUGCAAUUAUUAAAUUCAUGAAAUUCCUAUGAAAGUUUACAACGUAUGGAAAGUGAAAUUGUGUGUACAGGAAACCAGGUGAAGUGCGAGUGCAUACCUACGAGAAUACCCGUAUGUCCCCCAGGAUAGAAGCGAGCUGUUGUGUUUGGUUGAUUAAGUACAAAUUAUGGGAACAUUACACACGAAUGCAGCAUCGACCUUCCAAUUAAAUAGUGAAUGAAAGAUAGAAUGCGAGACAACUCAAUACUCAAUUAAAAUGUAAUCGACAUGGAUGUGAGCAUCAAUUCGUCUACAAUAAUUGCAAAUUACAAGGAUGGUCAGUUGAUGGAGCCAUGGGGCUAUUUGCUGGCGGCGGCGGUUUUGCUUCUUAUCGGUCUUGUCGGUUUCACUCUGAAUUUAAUUGUUGUAAUUUUGAUGUGCCGUCAUAUUAAGCUAUGGACCCCGAUGAAUAUGAUAUUGCUCAAUUUGGUUUGUUCGGAUUUAAGUGUUUCAAUAAUAGGAAAUCCAAUAACAUUAACGGCUUCAAUAUUUCAAGGCUGGAUAUUCGGACGAACUAUGUGUAAAGCGUAUGGAUUUUUUAUGGCUUUGUUAGGAAUAACAUCGAUAACAACGCUCACAGUCCUAGCCUACGAACGAUAUACAUUAAUAACUUUUCCUGUAACAUCGCAACAAUUAACGACUCGUGGUGCCUUGAUAGCGAUUUUUCUCAUAUGGUUAUACUCACUCCUAUUGACGUCACCCCCAUUAUUCGGCUGGGGGGCAUAUGUGAAUGAAGCUGCCAAUAUAAGCUGCUCCGUUAAUUGGGAAUCACAAACGUGGAAUGCGACUUCAUACAUAAUAUUUUUAUUCUUCUUCGGACUUGUGGUUCCAGUGAUAGUCAUCACCUACAGUUACCUCAAAAUAGCAUUAACUAUAAGACAGACUUCCAAGAGACUUGGAAGAAAGAGCCGAGCUGAACGUCGUGUGGCUACAAUGGUAGCAAUUAUGAUAAUGGCUUUUCUUGUAGCAUGGACCCCAUAUGCUAUUUUUGCAUUAAUUUCUCAGUUUGGACCCGAGGGCCUUAUUAGCCCAGCGAUGGGAGUCAUGCCAGCACUUCUAGCGAAAUCAAGCAUCUGCUAUAAUCCCAUGAUAUACGUUGGUCUCAACACGCAGUUUCGAGCUACUUUAACCGAAAGGAGUCAUGUUGAAUCGACUGCCGUAGUAACCACAGAUCACAAUGAAAUUUUUUCACAUACUUCCUCGAUAGCCGUUGACUGCAGCAUUAAAUCCCUAAGACACAGUAAAGCAGCAUUCUACUUGAAACCUAAGACGACCCAAGGAAGUUCCCCCGCUAACCAACGUGGGAAUGAUGGCAACAGCAAUCCUGAUAUAAUGAAUAUUUCAGAGGACACAAAAACCGACUCUUACCUCGACUCUAAUUCCAAUAAUAGUCGCCUUGUUGAAAAGGAACUCACUGUUUUCGCCGAUGGUCAAAUAUCCUUGCGGACACCAUUCAAAUUGGCCCGGGUAGCGUUCGACGAUGAAGGAAGGACGACUUGAACAUCUUCCCUUGGAUGAUCUGAUAUUGGUGGCUGUGCAUAAUUCACGAAUUUGAGUAACUUCCAAUGUAGGACGAAUUUGAAUUUGCGCAUUUUAGUAGUACAACGAAGGAAUAAGACAAGUGAUGGCUAUCAGUUCAGUAGUGAGACAACUCGUGACUAAGUAGGCACAGAUGAAUUCGUCACCCUAUAAAACGAAUGAAGGACGCCAUUCAAUAAUUCAAUGAACGAAAUGAAAUGGAGAAUUUCAACAACCAGAAUUAUUAAGAGACCAUGAGUAGUUGUACCACAUUUAAAUAAUAUAACAUUUUCACUAUGAGCUUAUACCUAGAUGUCCCUAUAAAUAUACGAUCAAAAAGUUCAAAGGCUUGAAACGAAUUUAAGAUAGCUUUAAACAAUUUCCAGAUAAAAUAAUACAGACGAAUUUUUAACUUUUUCAUUUUACCAGGAAAAUUGCAUCUGAAAUCCGGGACCAUAUUUUAAGUAGAUCCUCAAAAUCACCUAAAAUAUUAUGAAAGUAGGACCCCGGAUCUCAAUAGCUGCGUCUUGCACAAAUACAAAAAUAGGGACUGUACAUAUUAUAGAACAUAUAAAACUAGACGAUUAGUUACCUCCUGAACUUAGAUUCAAUAAAAGGAAGAGGACAAUUUUGCAUAUAAAAUUGUGUCAAUUUUAUCAUAAAAAUGGCUGUAUUUGAACGUUGUCUAGUGAAAUUUUAUUCAAAGAAGAAUCACAAAAAGCUGAAAUUGCUCACAAAA